GCUGUUGUUUUUCUGGUUCAUCUUCAUUUGUACUGUCUACUUCAUCUACUGUGUUUUAUUUUUUGAUUAAAUUUAUUAGAAUUUAUACAAAUUUUGAGUUAAAAGUCAAAUAAAUUAAUUAAUCAAUUUUAUUUGUAAGCAAUCUAGUAAUUUCUGUGUGAAAAUACUAUCGUUUUCAUCGUCAAUUCCAACUGUAAAAAGUUCACUUCAUUAAUUAUUUCCCGCCAUUGUUAAUAUAAAUGAUAAACAGCAUCGCAAGCUAUCAAAUUGCAUUAAACAAAUAUAAAAUAAUUGAUUCAAAAUGACUGAAAAUUGUUUUAUAUGUGAAGAGCCACUUGGCGACAGAGAAUCCAAAACGGUUAAAUCCAGAGGUAUACUAACCUUAAUCGACAGAAGUAUAGCAAGGGGCCGUAAGGAUCAUGAAGAAUUAUUGCUUAGUGUGUCUGAAAUAAAACUUCACAUUGCAUGUUAUAAAAACUAUUCAAAUCCAAAAAUACUAAAAAACUUACAAUCUCGUCGUAGCCGCGAUUGUGUGAAUGCUGAAGAUAUUUUAAAUACUUUCAAUUUUAUGGAAAAUUGUUUCGUAUGUGGUAAAAAAAUAACAUAUGAAUCAGCAAGACCAAAUUCCUUGGUAACGAAGCCAUGUUUUCAAGUAACAAUAAUGAAUGCAUUGACUAACUGCAAAGACGAGUUGGGCAAACAAAUAUUUGAUCGCAUUAAAGAUGUUCCAGACUUGAUUGCGGUUGGAGCGAGAUAUCAUCGAGAUUGUGUUAAACUUUUGUAUAGUUUUAAUCAUCCAUAUGAACCGGCUACUAAAGCCAAAAAAAAAACUGAACUAAUUGAUAAAGCUAUGAAAUGCAUUGAUUCCUACUUCAAUGAACAUUACAAUGAAGGCCAAUUCAAACUAACCGAGUUGAUUAAUUGUAUUGACUUGGAUUAUGUUCCUAGCCGGGGAACAAUUAAAGAAAGAUUGCUUGAGAUUUAUGGUGAUGAUGUUUUGUACUUUGAUCACGAGCAUAAGGAGACAAUAGUACGUUUUCGAGGAUAUGAGAUUGAAUCUGAAACAGAAGAAGAUGUAAUAGAAAAGAGACCUAAAAAACCUCUUAAGUCUUGUAAAUGCAUAGAAAAAUGUAAAUCGCGUUUUUGUGCAUGUCGGAAAGCUAAUGUGAUGUGCUCUACUGCAUGUACGAAUUGUGAGGGAGAAUCCUGCACAAACUCGGUGAAUUACAGUUGUAGUGAUUCGUCUGACGAAGAUAAUAUUAAAUUUGAACGUUUUUCGAGGGCAAUAAGGAAUGCUGAAAAUAUUAAACUAGAAAAGUCAGAUAGUGAAAGUAAUCCUGAUGACACAGAAGAAGAUUAUCAACCUGGACCCUCUGUACGGCGAUCUAAACGAAGAAGAAAAAAUUAAGAGCUACUCCGUCAUCGUUACGUCUUUAUUGGACUGACCUUAUACUGUUUUACAUAAGAUUAAAUAAAUGCAACGGUAUCGAAUACUUGAUAUCAUCAAAGUCACAAUUAGAAAGUUUGGUACAAAAACGAAUUCCAAAAAUGCAAAUUUAUUUGUAACUGAAAUAAUUUCAAACUACAUACAGUAUACACAUUCAACUGAUUCGUGACACUAUAAAUGACAGCUUUAAAUUUAUAUUGAUGUUUUUCUGAUGUGUGGUGAUGGAAUUUAAUAAGAAGCUCUCGUCUCACAUUACAAUAAGAAAUACUGUUUUUGUUUUGAUAUGGAAGCCAUUCUUAAAAUUUUAGCAAGAACAAUUUUUAGCAACAACGAAGAACUCUGAUUUAUUAUUGUCAGAUCCAUGCAAAAUUAAAUAAGAUCAAAGAUACAAAUAAUGGUUGGACUUGAUUGAAGAAGAUAGACAUAAAAGUCGCAAAUAAACCUAUUUUAUGAAGAAAAAAAUGUUUAAAAUAGUUUCAUGUGUUUAAGGAAGAAAAAACAAGAUGAAUAUACAAGCAGCUAAAAAAACCGUCACGUAUGUUUUUAGCAUUAAGAAUAUUUUAUUAUUAGAUACUAUCUAAAUAAUUUUUAACUUUUAUUACUAUCUACAUUUUAUAAGCGAGCUUAAAACAAAAGCAUUGAAUAAUUUCCUUAAAAAGCUCAAGUAUGAAUAUGCAAAUUUAGAGAAAUACUUUUUUUUGAACUCAGUAACAAAUCUCAAUAAUAAUGGUGCUUUGGUUAGACCCUUUGUACAAAAGUCAGUAAGAAAAUAAGUCGUGUGUAGUGUAAAACCAAACCAACUCAAAAUUUGGUAACUUUUUCAUUUUCAAUCAUAGAGAUUUUAGAUGAAUAAAAUUUUCAAUACCUAAUACUAAAAUUCAGCGACCAUUAGCAAUUCGCAGAGAUUUAUCUUCGAACAUGUUGUUUAAAAUAUCUAAGUUUAUUGUAGGCCUUAAUUAUUGCAGAAGUAGCUGCAGCAUAAGCUUCCCAACGUGUAUCUGAGAGAUAUUAAGCCCUCAAUUACUUUUAAGAGCAGAUUUUAAAGUUUGCCAUCUACUAGUUGAUGCCAAUAAAGUAUUAAAAAAGAAAACAACAACAAAAUUAUAACUCAGAAUAUAGAUAAAACUUUUUUUUUGCCAAAAUUAGAAUGAAUCCGAAUUUUUAUAAAAAUAUGACGUGUUUUUCUUACCAAAGAGCCUCCGCAUUUGUGAUCUUGCAUGAAACUCGAUUUUUUAAAACUUUCCAAAGAUUGGGAUUUUGUUUAAAACACCUUUUCACGACUUUAGCAGUGUGCUUCGGGUCAUUAUUCUGCUGGAAUAUGUCCAUACUAAUGGCAGACUAUCUUCUGCAUAUAGAAGCAUAACAUUUUCCAAUAUUUAGGUAUCUACGUUUCUUUGGUCAUUAUAUUUUGUGAUCCAAAAAAUAGAUCCAUUUAUAGAAAAAAUAGUCCCAAACAUUUGAUAUUACCGUCACCAUGCAUUCAUCCUUCCAUCAUAAAUCCGACCAUUAGAUAAAAAAAAAUAUUUUGAUUUAGUCUUAAAAAAUAAUUUUUUCAGUUUAUUUUUUGACUUCCUGAUUCUUGGUUAGUGUUUCCGAAUUCAAUGUGCUGUUUUAUGUUAAUUUUUCUUAGUCAUUGCAAAUCGUUCGGGAUUUAACAUUUCAACGACAAAUUGGCUUUAAUUAAGGUAGAUGUUGCAAAUAGAUCCACAUAGUAAAUCUGAAAUAUUCAGAAUAUUUAGCUAUAUGAGAAUGAGUUUUUGCCCUCCAUCUAAUUCCUGAACAAACUGGGUGAAAAACUUUCCCACAAAUCCCCUUACAAGCUUCCCAAUCAUUUGUCUUAGUAGAAAUAGAGCAUUCAAUGUUGCCACAAGUUUUACUUAAAGUUUACAAGUUUUACGCUUUUAGAUAUUAUGUUGUAGGAUAUUUAUUACGGACGAGGGGUUGUAACAUUUGUUGAAAACUGUCUUUACUUUAAAUAGUUUUGCAAUGAUUUUAAACAUGAAACAUUUUCUAUACAAACUAACAAAAUUUAAUUUUUGUCUCAAUGAAAUUGAAUAUAAAAACGUUUUAUAUACUUUUGUGUACUGCUGUUUAUUUUAAUUUGAAACUGUUGCUUUAGUUUUAAUUUAACUGUUUUUAGUUUGAUGUAUCAUUUUCGUAAAUAUUAUUUAGAACUUUAAGUUUUAAAACAAAAAAGAAUUCUAAAUUUGUGCUUCUUUGUUGGCACUUGUGCAAACGUGUUAUUAUGUAGGUUUUUUUAUGUAGAAAAAUUGUUUUCGAAUAAUUAGGAAUCGUGUUGAGUCGAAUAUACAAGGUGUCCCAAAAGUAAUGGAUCGAACGAAAUAAUAUGUGAACUAAAGGGCUCUCAAAAUUCGUUAAAUUGUUAGUUUUAUACUAGUUUAUCAUUUUAAGAAUAGUUAUCACAAUGAUCCUAAGGUACUAGCUUUUUUUUUUCACUGACCUUUUUUGUUUACAUUUGUUUUUUUUUUUUUUACAAAUCUUUCACUAUAACAUUGUUUAAUAGUUGGGAACAAUUGUAUUAAUCAAAACAUUUUUUAUUUCGUUCUCCAUUUUGUUACGAAUUAUUUAGCAGGUCGAAGUUUUAAUACAGCUCGAUUUCUUACUUUUAUUUGAAAGCAACAUCCACAAAAAAAUUUGUAUGGUUUGACACUAAUUUAUCAUUUUAAAAACUUGCGUAGUUGUUGUUUUUUUUUUCUUUUCACUGUCCUUUUUUGCUUACGUCAAUAUUUAUCCGCGAAGAUUUAUUCUUCUUAGAAUAAAACGUACAUAUAUAGAUCUCGUGUUUCACGCAUAUAGAAAAAACGAGACAAACCUCAAGUGAAUUAAUUAUUUUCAAGAAAAUUUUGUUCACUAUUUAUAUUUCUUUUGAAUAAAUCCUCUAAUUUUUUAUUCUUUCUCACUCAUUCACUUUCGUCAUAUUAUCCCUUUACUCACAAUUCUUCUUCAUUUGUUUUUUUUUUUUUCAAGCUAUUCGCCUAAAAGUAAUUGAUCCUUCUAAGUUUUUAUUUUCCGAGCACCACUUUCACUCACACAUUAUCUCUCUAAAAAUAUUUGAAUUGCAACGAAACUUUUCCUACGUUUACACACACACAUUUUGUUGAUACUAUCUAAAACAAAAUUGGAAAUCAGUUGAUUUCAGUAUAUUCCUUAAUAUAUUAGCAAUUCGCAGACGUAGAUCGCAUCUCCAUAUGAAUUGCACUUUGUGCUACUUUCGUUUCGUCAAUUUAUCCCUUUACUCACAUUUAUUAUUGGUUUUUUUUUUUUCAAGCUAUUCGCCCAAAAGUACUUCAUCAUUCUUAGUUUUUAUUUUCCGAGUACCGCUUUCACUCACACAUUAUCUCUCUAAAAAUAUUUGAAUUGCUUUUUGGGACCAAUUACAAAUUUUACUGUCUCUUCGAAAAAAAACACCCUUUCACCAAAUUUUUUUUUAUGAAAACUCUUUAUUUUUGCUUUCUAUCCCAAAAUCAAUGUUUUUACCAAAUUUCAUUAGGGUGCAAGCAAAUUUUUAUAUUCGAAAAAAUAUACUGCUUAAAAAUGAACUGAAAUUGAGAUAAAAAUGAUGGUUAAUUGGAGUAAAGAAAUUUAUUUGCAUUUUGAAAAAAUAUUCAAUGAACUACAGUAGUAACACUAACUGUAUUACAUAAUUAACAAAACAUAAAAAUAACAUAAAAACUCCAUUAUUAGAUAACAGUAAUGUAACUUUUUGAUGAACAGAAAAAACAAUCAAAAUGAUAAUAAUCCAAAAUGCUCUGAUCAGGAGUGACUCAGACUACUCAUCAGUCUCUGAAGAGUCAUUCUGAAAUAAUAAUAAAUACAAUAAAUACAAUAAUUUUAGUAUAAAUAAAUAAUAGAAAUUAAAACAAAAAUUGGAGUAAUAAUAACAGAAAUAGCCCGCUCGUGAUCACCAGCAUUUUUAUUCUUUCGACGCAAAUCGUUAAGAAAUUGUUGAUUGCCAUUCGAAAAAAGUGAUCGUUUAUAAUUCUGAAAUUUCUCACGAACGGUUUCUAAAAAGCUUUCAAUAGCCAUUUUCAUAGGCAUUAAUCUGGCAAACCACUUAGUAACAAACUUCCCAACCAUUCAGUUAGCAUUGACAAGAAAUUAUUGUAUAUACUAGAGAUUUAAAUCCAUUUUACUGAAUUGUUUUGAUACUGACAUGAAAAUUUGAGUCAUUUAAUCCAAAAUCUGCUCUGAUUGAUUCAAAUUAAUACCCACCAGUAAUUGCUGUCACUAUCGCUUGAUCCAACGCAGGUCUACGGGGUUGAUUCUAUAAAGUGUACAAAAUUAUCUUUAGUGAAAGGGUGUUUUUUUUUUUUUAAGAAAUGAUGAAAUUCGGAACUAGUACCACAAAAACUAGGAAAAAAUUGUUACACCAAUGAAAAUUGGUAAAAAUGUUUCAUUUAUAACAGAAACCAAGAACCCGAAAAGUCUAUAAAAAUAUUUUAGGUUAAAGGGUGUUUUUUUUUUCGAAGAGACAGUCAAAUCUGUAAUUGAUCCAAAAAAGCCAAUGAUUCAUUUUAUUUUUGGUUUCGAUGACAAAUUGAAGGUUUAUGUUAAAGUUCUUAGACAUUUUACACGAAUCAAUUGCUUUUUGGGACCAAUUACAAAUUGUACUGUCUCUUCGAAAAAAAACACCCUUUCACCAAAAUUGUUUUUAUGAAAACUCUUUAUUCUUGCUUUAUUUUUGACCUUCACCCCCUCCCUCUUGUCCGCGAAAAAACACCCUUCCACCCAACUUUUUUUUAUAGACUUUUUUUGUACUUGGUUCUUAUCCCAAAAGCAAACUUUUUGCCAAGUUUCAUGAGUGUAACAAUUUUUUUUUUUAUUUCUUGAUUUUAUGUACUAUAGGUAUGCUUGGUGUUGGCAUCAUUUCUUUUCAAGGGUCCCAUGAUCAAUAUUUUGAAAUGGUAUUUCGUGAAGUUUUAAGAUUUCAUCUUCGUUGGUUGUAAUUUUAAUUUGUUUUUUACUCUCACUUUUAAGAACUUUUAUUUUUUAAACUUUCGCCUUGAUUGCAACAUUUGCAAAAGCUUUUAAAGAUCUGUUUAGGAACUCUUCACGGUCUUUUUUGAGACUUUUUAAAUAAUUGCCAAAUACUUUAAUAUUUUUCCAGGAUUUAACCAUACUGGAUAUUUUAUUUGGACCUCUUAACAAAAUAACAAAUAAAAUCUAAAUAUAAAUUUUGUUAAAUGGUGUAGCUUAUUAAAAAGACUACCGUAUUUUGGUGUCCUAUAAACCUUUUCAUAUGCUACAUUUUGCAAAUUUUUCAUACAUUUGGAUAAGAAUCUGACAAACAAUUUUCCAUAGGAAACCAGCUUUAUCAAACCAAAACAUAAUAAGAUUCCACUUGACACUCUGCAGCUGAAAACUUUCUUACAUUGAAUUACAUAUGUGCUUCUGCUUUGUCCCGGAUUAAAACCAAUUCUGUGCUUGAUUUUUCUUUUACGAAACUGUAGUCGUGCCAACGUAGCUACUUCUGCUUUCGCCUUUCAACGUGGAAGCAAGAACUGAAGAGAUCUUCUAACACAGCCCUGUACGUAGUUUUCGAUUUUUAUGAUAUUCAUUUUUUUUAAACACAGUUUUCAUAAAACACUUUCCUUUUUUUUUUUUUUUUUUGUAUUUACAUAUUCUUCAGGUUUUGCAGGUUUCUUUCUUGUUUUUUCUUAUUUUCUUUUCUUUUAUUUUUGUUUCAUUAAUCACUUCUUCUUUUCUUGUUUACUUUGUUUUAUUUGUUUUUAUCUCACGGAAAUCCCUUUUCACUUUCAUCACGAACUUACAACAAAAUCACGAAGAAAAAAUAACAAAAAUAAUACGCUUUUAUAAAUUUGGAGCUCAACUUCACUUGAACUUUAAAAUUGAAUUACAACAAAAUCUUUCUUUAUGAUCCUAUUUGAGCUUUCAAUUGGCUAUCGUUCGUAAUUAAUUCAGCUAUUUGCUCCUGCUGUCUAUUAGCAUGACGUACCUCAACUGCAAAAAUCUAACUUAAAUUUUCCACACAGGCAGUUGACAAUAAACCAGCAUUUUCUCUAUGAUUCAGUAUUUGCCGUCAUCAGCAUUCCCAAGGCAUUGCAUUCACCUUGGAAAAUUGAAUGAAUAACGCCAUCUACUGUUUUUUGAUUAUCAAAUGAUUUUGGUCC